UCAGGGAGAGGGAGUGGGAGCUCUGCAAGUCCCAACUCCCAACUCCCAUGAUCCCAUCCAAUGGAGAUAUUUGGUCACCAAAAGCAUUUAAAAUGUCUUAUUUAACUUGCGACUUUUUAUCCCAUUUUCCUUUUCUUCAAAUAUUGAGCUCUGAAUUUGAGUUUCUUCACCACCGUUAACUCUGGGAAAGGGAGAAAUUAGCCCCAUCGACGAGACGCAAAGAUCAAGAUAUCAAUGGUGCAGCUGCAGCAUAAGAGGUUCGUAGUUGAGGUCGAUGCGGCCAAGGAAGCGACCGAUGGGCGGCCUUCGACGGGUCCCGUUUAUCGCAGUGUGUUCGCUAAGGAUGGGUUUCCACCGCAGGUCGAAGGAAUGGAGAGCUGCUGGGAUGUUUUCCGCACUGCCGUUGAGAAGUAUCCUACGAACCCAAUGCUUGGUGGUCGUGAGAUUGUGAAUGGGAAGCCAGGUAAAUAUGUGUGGCAAACUUAUGAAGAAGUGUAUGACACUGUGACCAAAGUUGGGCUUUCCAUCCGUAGUUGUGGUGUUUUGAAAGGAGGAAGAUGCGGUAUCUAUGGUGCAAAUUGUCCAGAAUGGGUUAUGAGUAUGGAGGCUUGCAAUGCCCAUGGGAUUUAUUGUGUUCCUCUAUAUGACACCCUUGGUGCUGGUGCUGUGGAAUUUAUUAUAUGUCAUGCAGAGGUGUCAAUUGCUUUUGUAGAGGAAAAAAAGAUUCCUGAGGUGUUGAAAACAUUUCCUAACACAACGAAGUAUUUGAAAACUCUUGUGAGCUUUGGCAUGGUCACACCUGAACAAAAGGCAGAGGUGAAAAAGUUUGGUCUGGCAAUAUAUUCUUGGGAUGAAUUCUUACAACUGGGAAAUAAUAAACAUUUUGAUACUCCAGUGAUAAAGAAAUCCGAUAUUUGCACAAUAAUGUAUACAAGUGGCACAACAGGUGACCCCAAGGGAGUUAUGAUUUCCAAUGAAAGCAUUAUUACUCUUAUAGCUGGUGUGAAGUUGCAGCUAGAACUCACCAAGGAAGAGUUGCAAUCUGUGGAUGUUUAUCUGUCUUAUCUACCUCUGGCUCAUAUCUUUGAUCGUGCGAUGGAGGAAUUGUUUAUUUCUCAUGGUGCCUCAAUAGGAUUUUGGUGUGGGGAUGUCAAACUUUUGGUAGAGGACAUUAGGGAGCUAAGACCAACUAUUUUUUGCGCUGUUCCACGUGUGUUGGAUAGGAUCUAUUCAGGUUUGAUAGAGAAAAUCUCUUCAGGUGGUUUCUUGAAGCACACACUGUUUAAUAUUGCAUACAACUACAAGCUAUUUAACAUGAGUAGAGGGCAUAAACAUGUAGAAGCAGCUCCAACUCUUGACAAGCUUAUUUUUAGUCAGAUAAAGCAAGGGUUGGGAGGGAGAGUUCGACUUAUUCUUUCAGGUGCAGCACCUCUUGCUAGACAUGUAGAAGCUUUCCUACGAGUGGUGACAUGUUCCCAUGUUCUACAGGGAUAUGGCUUGACAGAAACCUGUGCGGGGUCUUUUGUCUCACUGCCAAACCAACUAGCCAUGCUUGGUACAGUGGGACCUCCAAUACCAAAUGUGGAUGUAUGCUUGGAAUCUGUCCCAGAAAUGGGAUAUGAUGCUCUUUCCAGUACGCCACGUGGAGAAAUCUGCAUACGUGGCAAAACAUUAUUCUCAGGAUACUACAAACGCGAAGAUCUCACCAAGGAGGUUAUGGUUAAUGGAUGGUUCCACACAGGAGACAUUGGCGAGUGGCAACCAGAUGGAAGUAUGAAAAUUAUUGACCGAAAGAAGAAUAUCUUUAAACUCUCACAGGGAGAAUAUGUUGCUGUUGAGAACCUGGAAAAUGUUUAUGGUCUUGUUCCUGAUAUUGACUUGAUAUGGAUUCAUGGGAACAGCUUUCAGUCCUUCCUCGUAGCCGUUGUCAACCCCAACAAAGAAGCCCUAGAGUGUUGGGCUGAAGAGAACGGAAUAACUGGGGACUUUAGUUCUCUAUGCGAGAAUCCCAUGGCAAAAGAAUACAUCCUUGGAGAACUCACCAAGAUUGCCAAAGAAAAGAAGCUAAAGGGUUUUGAGUUUAUCAAAGCUGUUCACCUAGAACCUGUGCCAUUUGACAUGGAGCGUGAUCUUCUCACCCCAACAUACAAGAAGAAGAGGCCUCAAUUACUCAAGUACUACCAGAAUGUCAUCGACAGCAUGUACAAAAGUGUGAAGUAAUUUGAUCCUGGAACAAAACCCUUGCUGGGUUUAGGAGCUUCAAGGCCUCCUCAUACCAUAUUCAUUUCAUAGCUGUCUAAUUUUCUUUUCCUUUGGUUUCUUGAUAUAUAAGGUUAAAAUGUUCAAUAUGUCAGUGCCUACUUUAGUAUGUGUAAACCACUGAAUCUGUUUUCUGUAACAUCCAACAUGUCUGUAUUGGACCAUGAAACGAUGUAGUUUCCUGAUCAUACAACCAAUGAAGAUACAUUCAUACAUUUACCUCCAAA